AUGCAGGAAUGCCAGGCGCAGCUCUGCCUCUCUGUCUACAUCAUCACCUUCAUCACGGGCUUCCCCACCAACAUCCUGGCCUUCUACACCUUCAUCCUGAAGGUGCGGCGCAAGCCCACCCCCAUCGACAUCCUCCUCCUCAACCUCACCAUCUCAGACCUGCUCUUCCUCGUCUUCUUGCCCUUCAAGAUGCAGGAGGUUGCCAACCACAUGACGUGGGAUAUGCCCUACUUCCUGUGUCCACUCUCGGGCUUCAUCUUCUACAUGACCAUCUACAACAGCACGCUCUUCCUGACGGCCGUGAGCGUGGAGCGCUACCUGGGCGUGGCCUUCCCCAUCCGCCACUCGCUAGGCCGCCGCCCUGCCUAUGCCGUCCUGGCCAGCGUCUUCAUCUGGGUGGUGUGCUUUGCCCAUCUCAGCAUCGUCUUCAUCAUGCCCUACUACAACCCUCCCACCAAGAGCUCCUCUCCCUCCGGCGGCGCCAGCAAUGACAGCAAUGGCACCGGGCUGAUCGUGGUGACGCCCACAGGGCAGCUGCGUAGGAACGUCUGCUACGAGAACUUCUCUGAGGCACAGCUGGAGAUCUUGCUGCCGUACCGGCUGGAGCUGUGCGUGGUGCUGUUCUGCGUGCCGCUGCUCAUCUGCUCCUUCUGCUACAUCAACUUCAUCCGCAUCCUGCUGCGCCUGCCCAACAUCGGGCGCCGACGCCGCCUGCGGGCUGUGGGGCUGGCGCUGGGCACGCUGGUGGUCUUUCUCCUCUGCUUCGGCCCCUACAACGUCUCACACGUGGUGGGCAUGGUGACGGACCAGAGCCCGCGCUGGCGUGACCUGGCGCUGCUGCUCAGCACCUUCAACGCCUGCCUGGACCCCUUCAUCUUCUACGUGUCCUCCUCAGCCGUGCGGACCAUGCUGGCGGGCAUCCUGCAGGGGCUCUGGAGGCGCAUGCCCGUCUGGGAUAGGGUCCGGCUCGGCAAGUGCUUCAGCUGGAAAAUGGACGUCAGCGAGUCCAAAAAAAACAAUUUGCCGAAGCCUGCCGAUAUAAAUGCCCUCUGA